AUGGCAAUGAUUGUUAAUGGAACCUGUGGUUUAUUCGGUCUAUAUAGUAUUGUAUACUUUGCUUAUUAUGUGAUUGUUAUUUCAAUAAUUCUACCAACCAUAAUGGGUGUUUAUGGUACUCUGGCCUUUCGUAACAUGAGACGCCUUCAUACACGCGUUCGACCGAUGGGUAACUCGAAUAACGAAUGUCCCGUUGUCGAUAGAAUUCAUCGUGCAGAUCGACACUUGCUUAUUAUGACAGUUAGUGAAGCCGUUGUCUGUGUAGUAUCAACAUCAAUUUAUCCAAUCGUUUAUAUGGAAACUGCAUUGACUGGAUUUAUUGGUAUUAACAAGAGUCCUGAACGAAUUCAAAUUGAAAACUUCAUGUUAAAUGUCGGAUCAUUUCUCCUUUACUUCAAUAAUGCCGCUCCUUUUUACACAUAUUUGUUAGUGUCAAGUGCUUUUCGACAGCAUAUCAAGCAAUAUAUGAUGAAACUGGCAUCUCCUUUCACUGGACGACCUGUUACAACUAUGCAAAUUACAAUACCACAGAUUGGCUUAGCUGUUGUUGACAAUAAUCUAAUGGCUGUUGGUGGAUUUGACAAAAUAUGCGAAUCAAUUAAAUUACUUGAAAAAGUCGGCGCUGAUUUUAUAAUUAUUCCAUCGAAUACUCCUCAUUUUGCCAUAGAUAUUAUUAAAAAGAAUUCACCAUUGAAAGUUAUUAAUUUAAUUGAAAUUGUCGCUGAUGAAUGUCACAGAAAAGGUUUCUCUAAAGUCUUAGUUCUUGGAAUAAAACUUACAAUGCAAGGAGGAUUAUAUAAUGAUAUUCUUCGUUCGAAGAAUAUAACUUCAAUUAUUCCUACAGAUAAUAUUUGUGACAAAAUCGAAGAUUUAAUAAAAAAUGAAAUAAUUCCAUCACAAAUAAAUUCAACAACAGUAGAAGAUAUUCAAAAGGAUAUACAAAAAUAUGAUUGUGAUGCGAUUAUUCUUGGAUGUACAGAAUUACCUAUUGUAUAUAAUGAAGAUAAUCUUGGAAAACCCGUUGUUGAUACAACUCGUUUACUUGCUCACUAUGCUUUACAACUCGCAACUGAAGAAAAUUCUUCAUCGAAAUAA